AUGUCCCAUUAUCUCUUUGAAAAGCGUCAACCAAAUCCAACUAUGCCAUUGAGAACCAAUCUUCCCGGACAUCUCGGCUCGCGAUCAACCAACACGGCCCGUAUCGCGUCUGCCUCUGGUUCUGCCGCAGACAGACGUCACGGGCUAGCCGAGCUCGCUCGGAAUGAAGACACCCAGUACAUUGUUGGCGAUUGGAUGUCAGAGUAUAACAUGGCGCUCAGAGGCGGCGGGAAAGCCGACGAUCCGAACAACUCGUCCGAGUUUGAGCCCUCGUUUCUCGAGGCAGUCGAACCUGCGCUGGCUUACCUUGAUGCCAGGCGCAUCAAACUCGCAGUCAACGCAGGCGCGAGUGACACGAAGAAGUUGCACGACCUUCUUGUUGACAUGGUCAGAGAGAAAGGCCUCAAGCUCAAGAUCGCCUGGAUCGAAGGGGAUGAGGUGAUUGAUGUUGUUCGAAAGGGGCUGAGCAGCGGAGAGGGCUUCACGAACUUGACAACAGGUGAGAACAUCAAGGAUUGGCCAUUCGAGCCGAUCUAUGCCCAGGCUUACCUGGGCUGCUGGGGGAUUGUCGAAGCCUUCAAGCAAGGAGCUCACAUUGUCGUGUGUGGCCGCGUGGCCGACGCGUCCCCUACAAUUGCUUGUGCGGCCUAUCAUUUCAACUGGCGGCGGAACGACUAUUCGCAACUUGCCCACGCGCUCGUCGCGGGACACUUGAUUGAGUGCACCACAUACGUCACUGGCGGCAACUUCUCAGGGUUCAAGAGUCUCGCCGGCACAUCCGUUGACAUUGGCUUCCCCAUAGCCGAAGUCGAAGCGAAUGGGGAGUUUUGUGUCUACAGGCAAGCUCAAAAGGGCGGCAUGGUGACUGUCGAGACAUGUAAAGCCCAGCUACUGUACGAAAUCCAAGGGCCCUACUACUACAACUCUGACGUUGUGGCCGUCCUUGACAACAUUAGGAUGUCACAAGUGGGCGAGAACAGAGUACGGGUCUUUAAUGUCGGUAAUAUCAAACCGCCACCGACGACCAAAGUAGGUAUCACUGCCAAGGGCGGAUACCAAGCGGAAGCACAUUACUUUCUCUGCGGUCUCGACAUAGCAGAAAAGGCGGCUCUCUUCGAGCGACAGCUUCGGCACGUACUGGACGAGGCGUCGUUUUCUUGCCUCAAAUUCCGGACAAACGGCUCAUGUCCAGAGAAUCCUUCCAACCAGGACGCGGCAACGGUCGACCUGCGCAUCUUCGCCCAGGCGCGCGACCAAGAGGCUCUAUCGCCGUUGAGGUUCCUGAAACCCAUCGUGGAUAACAUCAUGCAAAGCUACCCCGGCGCGACGUUCCACCUGGACACGCGGCAGGCCUUCGCCAAGGAGUACUACGAGUACUGGGUCAGCAUCAUCCCGCAGAGCGCGGCGAGGCAUGUGUGUCACCUCCCAUGGAAGGCUGGGCGGGUCGAGAUCGAGCCGCCGGCGGAUACGGUCGAGUUCUUGUACGAGCAGCCGACGUACGAGACCGAGAGCCCCGUCAACCUCUCGUCCCUGGGACCGGCAUCGACGGCGCCGCUUGGGUAUGUCGUACACGCGAGGUCUGGUGACAAGGGCUCGGAUAGCAACGUCGGGUUCUUCGUGCGGAACGCGGACGAGUGGGACUGGCUGAGAUCGUUGUUGACCGUCAGCAAGAUCCGAGAGCUGCUGGGAGAGGAUGAUAAGGGGAAGCCGAUCUUUCGAUUCGAGCUUCCACAUCUUUUCGCUGUGCAUUUUCUUCUCAAGGAUCACCUGGAUCGCGGCGUCACCGCCAGCUCGUCGUACGACUUCCUCAGCAAGAACCUAGCGGAAUAUCUGCGAUGCAAGCACGUCUCCGUUCCGGAUCGGUACUUGGCUCGUGGCAGGAUCUGA